UUGGAAGGAGACCAGAGAACCUCAGUCAGCUUUAAACUCUCUGAAACAUGAUUCAACAUGUAAGAAACCAUUCAGCUGCUCGGAGUGUGGGAGAAGAUUUGGCUUCAAGUCACAUCUGAACAGACACAUGAUGACUCACACAGGAGAAAAACCUUUUAACUGCUCUGAGUGUGGGAAAAGAUUUAGCCAAAAGGAAGAUCUGAAGAGACACAUGAUGACUCACACAGGGGAAAAGCCUUUUAGCUGCUCUGUGUGUGGGAAAAGAUUUGUUGAUAGGCGACAUCUGAACAGACACAUGAUGACUCACACAGGAGGAAAACAGUUUAGCUGCUCUGAUUGUGAAAAAAUAUUUGGCCUCAAGACAGAUCUGGAGAGACACAUGAGAACUCACACAGGGGAGAAACCUUUCAGCUGCUCUGAGUGUAAGAAAUCUUUUACAGAGAGAGGAGGUUUACGGUCACACAUGGCAGUCCACACAGGAGAGAAGCCUUUCAGCUGCUCAGUUUGUAAGAAAUCUUUUACAGAGAGAGGAAGUUUACAGAGACACAUGGUAGUCCACACAGGAGAGAAACCUUUCAGCUGCUCAGUCUGUAAUAAAUCUUUUACUCAGAGAGGAUAUUUACGGUCACACAUGGCAGUCCACACAGGAGAGAAAAGAUUCAGCUGUGGUGUUUGUAACAAAAGAUUUGUCUGGCAUUCUGAUGUCAAAAGACAUAAAUGUGUUGGUCCGAUGGAGACAGAAACUGAUGGAGAGGACUGUCAGUUUUUCCCACAGAAUUAGAUUCCAUUUGUGGUGGUAGCUGACCCGGGGUGGGGGGCAGAAGAGGUGCAGACUUCUUAUAUUAAUUGUACUACAGUUAUUUUUAUACAAAAUUCUGCAGUUAACAAUUCAAAUUUCUAAAUGUAAUGGUGUAAUGCAGUAAGGCAUGUGUCAUAUUCAAGUAUCACUUUAGGUUCAUAAUACAUUUUUGUAGUUUUUUCAAUGUUUUGCCACUUUUUCGGACGUUUUUGGGGCCUUUUCUGGCGUU